UUACUGUCUGUUUCAUUCUUCAGAUAUGCCUCUUCAUGUACGGCGGAGUAGUGACCCUGCACUGAUUGGCCUCUCAACCUCUGUAAGUGAUACAAAUUUUUCUUCAGAAGAGCCUUCACGGAAAAACCCUACAAGGUGGUCCACAACAGCAGGCUUUCUCAAGCAGAACACCUCUGGUGUACCCACUACACAUGACAGAAAGAAAGAUGAAAACUACAGAAGCCUACCACGAGAUACUAGUAGCUGGUCUAACCAGUUUCAGAGAGACAAUGCUCGUUCAUCGUUAAGUGCCAGUCAUCCCAUGGUGGACAAGUGGCUGGAGAGGCAAGAACAGGAGAAGAAAAAAACCAACAACUUCAGGAUGAUCAUUGUCGGCUUCUACCAUACACGAACAUUUACUCGAAUUGCACUUUGA